UGGUUACCCCCCCAAUACAUGGCAGUUUCAUACCCCUGAUUUUGUUUAAAACGUUGAUUGUUGCAUUGUAAUGUGUUAAAAUUUUUUAUACAAAACCGUGGUCACCAUUAUUGUUUACAUUUUUUAGUAUUGAGAAUAGUGUAGUGUGUUUAUUUUAUUAAUUAUAUUUGCAUCGAAUUUGAACUAGCAUGGAUGAAGCUUCAUCGACACCUCGAGCUAAGCGGCUAAAGACUGAUAAAACUGGACGCCUAUCAGCUUUGGAAAAACUGAAACAACUGAAAGGCAGCAAACAUAAAUAUGAAGUCGAGCAGAUGGAAAAUGUUUAUGAUGAAGUAGAUGAAAGAACAUACAGUAAAACAGUUUUGGAAAGACAGAACGACGAUUGGAUUGUCGACGAUGGGGGAAGUGGAUACGUGGAAGAUGGUAGAGAAAUAUUUGAUGAUGAUCUCGAUAAUGAUAGCAUUCGACAAGCCUCAAAGGAUUCAAUGGCAGGCCCUAGGAAAAAGAAAAAGGAAGAAAAGAAGAGCAAAGGGAACAUUAGAGACAUGUUCAUGAAUAUGUCUACAAAGCAGAAAACUGCAGAGAAACUUGACGACGAUAACAUUUUAGGUGAUCUUAUGUCAGAACUUCAAAAUGAAAAGUCUACUCCAAAGCGCAAACAAGUACAGUCCCGAAAUAAAUUUGCUAUCACUCCAAAAGCUGCUGUUACUAAUAAAACGGCUCGCCAGGAAGCAGAUCGCAAUAAUAGUAUAAGUCAAACUAUACAGAAUGAUGAGGACUCCGAUGAAGCAAUGUUUGAUAAACCAGCGUCUCUUAGAAAGGAGAAAAAUGAAAAGAAAAGUUCUGAGACAUCUGUAAAUAUUGAAAAAUCCUCAGUGUCGCAAAGUAAAAGCCAAGAAAUAGACAGUGACAGUGACUUUUGCGGAUCUCAAGAUAUCACUGCAGAGUCUGUACUCAAAAGUAAAAAUACUAACACGUCAUUAAGCCAAAUUAUUGAAGAUGAUACAGAAGAUAUUGAUAAAUAUGUUGGAGAUCUGUCAAAUAUAGAUUUUGAAAGUGAUAGUAUUGAUAUGAGUGCGUCAUUUGUACAAAAAACAACCACGGAUACAAACGUGCCUCAAGUGGAACAAUUGGACAAACCAAAGGAAACAAUAAAAACUGAUAAAUUAAAAGUCUUGUGCAAAGAUGUUGAAGAAAAGAUAGUUGAAUCUGAAUUAUUUAAUGAAGAAUGGGAGACGAAUUUUGGAAUUCAGCAGAACGAACCUGAUAUUUCUAUCAAUACAGAGGAUUUACCGCUCACUACAAACAAUAAAGGUGAAAAGGUUUUUCGAUUCUUUUGGUUGGAUGCCACGGAAGAUCCUUACAAACAACCUGGAAUCGUACAUCUCUUUGGAAAAGCUUACGUUCCAUCUGCAAAUAUAUACGUGUCCUGCUGUAUCAUGAUAAAAAAUAUCGAAAGACGAAUUUAUCUUCUUCCCAGAGAAUAUACUAAAUCUGAAAACCCAGAUCCUGAUUCAGAAAAUAAACAAGUCUCACUUUCGGACGUGUAUAAAGAAUUCAAUGAAUUAGCCGACAAGAAAGGAAUUAAAAGCUUCCGUUCCUGUAGCGUCUCAAAGUACUAUGCUUUCGAAAAAGAAGGCGUACCAAAUUUCUCUGAAUACUUGGAAGUAAGAUAUCCUGCAACAUAUCCAGCUUUAGAUCCUGAUUACAAAGGGACUACAUUUGAAACCAUUUUCGGAACGUCAGUGAAUGCUCUUGAAUUGUUAUUAAUAGAAAGGGAUAUUAAAGGUCCUUGUUGGUUGGAUGUGAAAAAUCCAUUACCAGCUGGAAACUCUGUUAGCUGGUGCAAAAUACAGGUAAAUUGUAUGAAGAAAGAACACAUUUCAGUUUCUGAAAGUACUGAAAACAAAUCACCUCCACCAAUGAUAGUUGCAACAUUAAAUGUGAGGACGUCAUUAAAUUCUAAACUGCAACAAAAUGAAGUCGUCAUGGUGUCGAUUCUUCUUCAUAAUAAAUAUAAAAUCGACAAACCGGCACCUAAACCACCAUUUGAACAGCAUAUGUGUUUAAUUACUAAUCCAAAGGAUACGCCAUGGCCUAUGCAUGCGCGCGAUACAUUGUCAAAAAUCAAACAUACAAAAGUAAUCCGAUGUGAGACCGAACUCGACUUACUCCAGGAGUUACUCAAUAUCAUUCAUAAAGCCGAUCCAGAUUUAAUAGUGGGAUACGAUUGUGGGUUUCAAUUAGAUGUACUGAUGCAUCGAAUGUUUACUUUAAAAGUGCCAAAUUGGAGCCGAAUAGGGAAAUUGAAACGCUUGGUGCCACCGAUCUUUAAGUCUAAAAUCAAUCUGGCACAAUCCUUUACUGGACGCCUUAUAUGUGAUAUACAAAAUUCUGCAAGAGAAUUGAACUUGAAGGUCCGGAGCUACGAUUUGCAAUCACUAUGUACAGCUGUUCUUAAGAAAUCGGAGAAUGAAUGCAAAGAAAUAACCCCUGGAGAAUGCUCUAAGUACUAUAGUUCCAAUGAAAAACUGCAAAAUCUAAUACGUAUAACAAUGAGAGAAGCUUCAUACAUCAUUACGAUCAUGUUUGAUCUUAAUGUAAUGCCACUUGCAUUGCAAAUUACUUGCAUAGCUGGGAAUAUUUUAUCAAGAACAUUGACAGCUGGCAGAGCGGAGAGAAAUGAGUACCUGUUGUUGCACGCAUUUUUUAAAAAGAAUUACAUAACACCGGAUAAACGGCUUAACAAGAAAGGAAAAGAUGAUACAGCGAAUAAUAAUCCUCGUAGAAAGAAAGCGGCAUACGCUGGUGGUUUAGUUUUAGAACCGAAAAAGGGAUUUUACGACAAGUUAAUAUUACUUAUGGACUUCAAUUCCUUGUACCCCAGUAUUAUACAAGAAUAUAAUCUAUGUUUUACAACCGUGCCUGGUGCUGCUUAUGCUGACAGUAAGGAUUUAAGUUAUCCAGAAUCGGAUUUGGAGCCGGGAAUUGUCCCAACUGAAAUUCGUAAACUGGUGGAAAGUCGUGUAGAGGUAAAAAAGCUGAUGAAAACACCCAAUCUUCCGGCUGAAUUAAAAAUGCAGUACAAUAUCAGGCAAAUGGCAUUGAAAUUGACUGCGAAUUCUAUGUAUGGAUGCCUCGGAGCUAAUCAUUGUCGUUUCUAUGCCAAAGGAUUAGCAGCUCUAGUUACAGCAAAAGGUCGGGACAUUUUACAAAAUACGAAGCAUUUAGUCGAAACCAUGAAUUAUGAUGUGAUUUAUGGGGACACUGAUUCCAUCAUGAUCAAUACGAAUAUUCUUGAUUAUGAAGAGGUGUUCGCUGUUGGGAAGAAGAUUAAGCAAGAGGUCAACAAGUUGUACAAAAAAGUAGAGCUCGAGAUAGACGGAGUGUUUAAAUACUUACUCCUUCUGCAAAAGAAGAAAUAUGCCGCGGUUAUAAUAAAUAAACUACCAAAUGGACAACUAGAAACGGUACAGGAACACAAGGGUUUAGACAUUGUAAGACGUGACUGGUGCCAAUUAGCAUGCGAAACAGGAAGGAACAUUUUAGACCAGCUUCUGUCCGACCAGUCGACUGAAACACGACUAGAAAAUAUAUUCGAGAUCUUACAAACUGUUGCCAAAAACGUGAGAGAAGAGAAAGUACCUUUGAAGUCCCUACUUAUCACGAAGCAGCUUUCCAAAAAUCCGAACGAUUACCCUGACAAGAAACAAGCUCAUGUUAACGUUGCCCUUAGAUCUAAUAAAGAAGGUGGACGAAUGUGGAAGAUCGGAGACGUUAUUUCAUACAUCAUUUGCGAUGACGGAACUGAUAAAUCGGCAACUGAAAGAGCAUACAGCGUCGAUGAAUACAAGAGAAGCGAGACAUUAAAGAUCGACGUUAAUUAUUAUUUAUUAAGUCAGGUUUUACCUGUUGUUAUUCGGCUUUGCGAUCCAAUUGAUACAAUCGACGACGUACUGUUGGCAACGCAUCUAGGACUGGAUGGAAUUUAUAAAUCCAGACGAGUGAUCCACGAACGAGAAGAUGAGGUAGCAAUCCCAUUAACCGAUGAGGAAAGAUUCCGAUACUGUGUGCCCUUGAAAUUCAAAUGUCGAAAUGAGAAGUGCCAAACGGAUAUCAUCGUUAAAGACAUUGUGACCAAAUCUUCCGCAGGUACUCGGUUUUCAUUAACUACAUGUUCGAAUGAAGAGUGUCGUGUACCACCUUGGACAUAUUCGAAAGCCAUUGAAAACGAGUUACAAUUAGCUAUCAGGCAUGUAAUUAGCGAAUACUAUGGAAGCUCAUUGGAGUGCGAAAAUCCCCUGUGUUCUUAUGUAACGAGAUCAUUGCCAUUAGAUUUUGAAGGAAAUCACCCACAGUGUACCGAGUGCGAAGAUGGUUGCAUGCACAGAAUUUAUUCUGAAACUAUGCUGUACACCCAGUUCUGUUACUACCUUCAUCUAUUUGACCGACGUCAACCGGUUUGUAAAAAUUUGAUAAAAGCACAGCCACGUGAAGUGAUUGCAGUAUAUGAUACGCUUAAAGAGACUGUUGAGAAGUACUUGAAGCGGAAUGCGUAUUCCGUCGUAGAUCUGGGCAAAUUAUUUACCGAAUUUGAUAAAGACGAAGAUAUUACAGAUUUGCUGCACGCAGACGAAUUAGAGGAAAUUGAGGAUUUCGAAAUGUCGCUUAAUAACUAAAGAAUUAUCUUAAAUAUAGUAGUCAGGAGAUCCCAAGGCUCAUUUCUCCCAUAGCUUUCACAUAGUCCUCGAAACGUAUGACCCAAGUUACUGUAAAACAUUAUUUUAUUACUCUAUUAUAACUUGUCAGCUGUUGUACCCUCGCUUACCGUAUGUACAAAGAAUACAAGAUAUUUGUUUAUUAA